AAGGGUUUGUAAAAAGACGAGAAUUUGAUAGGAGUUCAGACGGGUUGUGAUAGUACUGCUACACAUCAAAACAAGCUAAACUAAGAACGACGCCCAGGAGACAAAGAGAGAUCGGAGAAAGUGAGAUGGCGAGAAGGGAAGUUCUGAGCGCGUACCGCGCGCUUCUGAAAGCGACUAGGAAAACAUUUUCCGGCGACACUGUGAUGCUGAGGGAAUCGGCGGUAGAGGUAAGGAAGAAGUUUGAGGAGAACAGAAACGUGAGCUCAGAGGCCGAGAUUCAGAAGCUUCUCGAAGAAGCCGGCGAGGCUUCCGAUUUCAUCACCAACAUGAUCGUCCAGGCACAACUCAACACCGAUGCCGGAAGUUACGUGGUGAAGCCGGGUAAAGAGCAUGCUGGAGCAACACUUGAACUCCCCUCGGAAGAAAUUAUUCGGAAAUCAGGAUAAGGAUAGACAAGAGAGAAGAGAUGUAGAUAGGGUAAUAGACAAUGUUCCAAAUUUUGGUGCGUGAACUGAAGGUCUUCUCUCGCAUGAGGAAGUGCUAGAAGCAGAACAAUCCUGAGUCUGAACAGUACAAACUGUGCCGUAAUCUGACCAGUCACUAAUCACUUGUGCUGUUUCAGAAGGCUAUAGAGAAUUUGAAUAGAAGAGAGUGUUCUGACCCCAGUUUACUGUUAGCAAAAUUGAUGGUUAUUAGCACACCCACCCUGCUCAAUAUUACUUAAGAGAACAGAAGUACAUAAAAAUAGCAUAUGUUAUUUCUUCUAAACGGGGGGAAAUCAAAGAAAACAGACUUUCAUUGUGUUUUGUUUGCAUGCCACAUGCUACCAUAAGAUGGACUUGUACUCACUCAAUACUGUAGUGUGUGUGAAGCAAGAGAUCAAGCCCAUUGAAGAGAUGGGGACAUCUGUCAAAAACGGAUCAAGCCUAUUAGAGUUGAUUAAUAAAUUGAUUUGGGAGGAAUUCAAGUUGCUUAU